AUGGGCUCUCAACCCGAACCUCGCAUCGUUGAUGAGGAGAAGAAGGUCGCGAUUGUGUCUGAUGACAAUGCGCAAUCAGACACCCAGAGUGAGGUGAUCGGCGACUCGCAUCUGAUCGAGGUCGAGGGCCGCUACACAAAGGAAGAGUUCCACAAGUUGAAGAGGAAGAUUGACCGCUACCUGCUUCCUCUCAUGUGGCUCUGCUAUGGUAUCCAGCAAACAGACAAGACUGCGUUGGGAACCCAAGCCAUCUUCGGCUUGCGUGAGGAUACCGGUCUGGUGGGCCAACAGUACUCGUGGUUGACGACAAUCUUCUACAUCACAUACAUGGUUUGCGAAUUCCCAAGCAAUGUCGUCGUCCAACGUUACAAGAUGGGUCGAACCCUGUCAAUCUACAUGAUUUGCUGGGGCAUCAUUGUCUUGUGUAUCGGGUUUGCUAAGAACUUCACACACCUCAUUGCGCUCCGCGCUCUUCAGAGUGCCAAUGCUGGCUUCGGUGUCAUUGCCAGUCUGAUCAUGUACGCCAUUGGUUCCGCAACCCAGGGCAGAGAAGGAGUGCAACCUUGGCGGUACAUCUCCUACUUCUUGGGAGGUCUUACUACCUUCGUCGGAUGCCUUUGCUUGCUUCUUCUUGGCACACCAUCGGAGGUUCUUUGGUUGAAUAAGGAGGAGAAGGAUAUGGCAAGCGCUCGUAUCAGAUCAAACAACACCGGAAACGACAAGACCGCUAUCAAGGGCUGGAAGUGGAAGCAAGUCCGCGAGUGUCUCAUUGACCCUUGCUUCUGGUUUGCUGGCAUGAACGCUUUCCUUAGCUCUGUCCCGAACGGUGGCUUGACUACCUUCGGUAGCAUCGUCAUCAAAUCUUUCGGCUUCACGAGCUUGCAGACCAUCUUGAUCGAGAUUCCCCGAUCUGUGAUGUCAGUCGUCAUCUUCAUCUGCGUCGGCUUGACCUGCAGCAAGUGGUCCAAUCUUCGAAUGUUCUUCAUGGCCGGCUCCGUCCUCCCGCCCUUCGCAGGAUUCUUGGGCAUGUCGCUCCUACCCAACGACCCCGCCAUCAAGUGGACCAAGUGGGGUUGCUACUUCAUCACGGUUCCCUUCGUGCUUGGUCUUUUCCUUGCCUGGACCCUCAUUCCGAGCAACACCGCCGGUCGCACCAAGCGUACCAUCACCAGCAGUUUCACCUUCGUUGGAUACUGCGUUGGCAACAUGGUGGGAAGUCAGAUCUUCAAGGAGAAGGACGCGCCGAAGUACACCCCUGGAACUAUCGGAUGUGCCAUUUGCUUCGGGCUCGAAUUUGCGCUUAUUCUGACCUGGCGCUUUGUUUUGGUCCGAAGGAACAAGAAGAGAGAUGCGCAACAGGCAAACGAUGGCCUGACUGUCGAGGAGCGAGAGAAGAAGGGCAAAGAGUACGGUGAGGCAGACUACACUGACUUUGAGAACCCCUACUUCCGGUACACCCUAUAG